ACUGUAGCCACGCCCACAGACACUUGCCACUGUCGCCACAAAGAUGCAACAACAAGACUCUGCAAAGUUUGUCCUGUGCGCGCCAUGGCGAGGACGCAGCUCCAUGCACGUUUGGUCCUUCUCAUCGUUUGCAUCGGUGCAUCCUUGAGUGUUAGGAUCAAGAACAAGCUGCUGGGGAAGUGUCUCCAGGGAGAGUCUGAUGGGAGAGUGUCACUUGGGGACUGCAGUGUGCAUGAAUCCUCCCAACUGUGGCGCUGGUUUCAGGAGAACCAUGCUCUGCAGAACCAGCAAACAGCUCUGUGUCUAACUGCACCCACCGAGCAGUACGAAGGUGUCCAGCUUCAGCCCUGUGUCUUCAGUGAGCUGUCUGGAGAAUAUGAAGAGGACGUGAUGAGCAGACAGUCAUGGUCCUGCUCCAAAAAAGGCCACCUCACUUUGAGUGGGAAAGGGCUGCAUCUCAGUGCCAUUCAGCAAUCAUCUUUGGUUUUUGUUUCCAGGGAACACAAGCAAGGUAGCAGGUGGAGAGCUGUUGAUAACCAGACCUUGUGUGAUGAAAGAGGGAGCAUGCAUCACCGGGAGCAACAUAUUCAGUAUCCUGGAAAACCAGUGGAACCUGGCAUAUCCGCUGUGGAUGGGCGAACCCCGUUAUAUGAAGGUUUAAAAGACUUUGAGACCACAGAGACGUACCCCGUCAAUAAUGUGUCUCUUCCAUCAGUAAACACUAAAUCUGCUGACCCCACCAUGAUAUUCUUUAAUAUGGACUAUGGUAUGGGCUGGAAGAUAACCAUGCUUGUAUUAAGCAGCUUGGCUUUGGUUUUGGGAACUAUUAUCCUGGUCCUUAAUGUGUAUUCUAACAGAAGGAAAAAGGUGGUGUGUGUUUUGAAGUCAUAUUCACCAAGGCAGGAAAUGAGUGUCCCUGGUUCCCCGAUGACUGGUGAAAGAGCACCCCUGACUGAACACGCCAUGCGCCUCCCACAGUCCACCCCAACUCUGCAGAGAGGAGAGAUCCUGAUUGAAUGGAAGGAUGGCACAGUGACUCCUCUGUAUGAGGCAUAAGAUCCAGCACAGGUGGUAUGUGACAUGGAGUGUAAAAAAGGCGCUUUUUUAUAGAGUUAUUAACAUUAAACUACGGAAGCACUUAUAGUUGUAUUAUUAAAGUACUUAAAACCAUAAAAAUGUAACAAUACGUCAUUUUAGUUGAGUUUUCGUCCUGUAAACUGACUAAGAACUUCGGAAAUGUGUUCUAUUCUCUUGUGACAGACUUGCCUGGCACUGGCAAUAUUGAUUGUAGUAGUUCAUUUUAGUAGUAGUGGAAUAUUUAGUUUAUUUUACAGUAUUUGGUAGUUUAAAAAUGUAGAUUGUAAUGUUUGAUUCUUAUUAUGUUGUAACAAGUCAUAUCUUUGUACAUUUUUGUAAUACUAGGAUGCUUUUGCUACUACACUACACUACACACAUUUAUUUUUUUAUUUUUGUACUUCAUCAUCAUCAUCAUCAUUAACCAUAACAGUGUGGUAGGAUUAUAGUGAAGCUGCAGGUUGUAGGAAUGCUUAAUCACAUACAUGUUAAAGGUGGUGAUGGAGGUUUAGCCCAUAGCACGGAAACUUGCCAGCAGGAACCUGUUUACGGCAGCAAAACAGAGUGCGUUUUACUGUUUUUUGGGAGAGGCUGCCGUUGCCUAAUGUCUAAUUUGAGCCUUCAAUUUGUAACAUAGGUGAGCGACAAGAAAAAUAUAAACACUUCUCUAAACAACAUAACAUAAUGUGCUGUGUGUACAAAUGUGUACGUGUUGUAGUUGUCCAUUCUGUGUGUGUCUUUUAGAAGGAUCGAUAUUGUUGUGUUUUUACUGCUGGAAGCAUUUACACUAAUGAGAGGGCACAAAGUUUAAUGAACAGCACUCUGGACUGUGAAAACUGCCACACGCUCCCUGGCUAACCACAGACACACUUUACAGGAAAACUACAGAAUCUAUUGCUUUAUUUUCAUGUUAUAUUUGCCUUUAGCCACGACAUUAAAUAUUGUAUAAAGCACUUACAUAUACAGCAUGUACAUUUUGUUGUGAUCGCUAAAGUUUAGAUUGAGCAAAUAAAGUUGAAAUCCCCUCAUUAUCCUCCCAAAUUCCAUCCCACUGUACAAUAAACAUUUUAAAGGAAAGCGGGGCCUUUUAACCCCUUCAAUCCUCCUUUUCUGCAUUCUGUAACAAUAAAAAGCUUAGACAUUGAUUUUACUGUUUUCAUGUUCAAAUACUUACAUAAUGUCUUGUGCGUGUCAUUACAAGUGAGAUGGGAGGGUUAUACCUCUUUCAAUAAAAUGGGUGUGUGUUGUUGUAG